AUGGGCCAAAAUACAGAUUUACCUCCAUCCUACGACGAAGUCAUCAGGGAGGACACACAGGGCCAUUCAAGCGCCGGCCGUUUGUCAAACACGGGAACUGGUGUUUCCGGAGGUCAUACCCCUGCUUUACCUUCUCGACCCGCAAGUUACGCGUCUGCACGCCCGACGCCUGCGGGCCCGUCGCCUAGCGCGCAACCUGCGGCGAUACAGACCGGGCCACGCCUGCCCUGGACGUACCCACCAGGCUUCUAUUGCAGUAAGUGUGGUAAUACGGGCUACAAGAUCAAGAGUGGACGCUCUUGCAAGCGCUGCUGGCGGCGAUUCGCACCUACCAACUCACCGCAAAGCGUGCACGUGAUGUACGAUAAUUAUUACGGAUCGCAAACGUUUGGACCCUUCGCUGCCCGGUUCGACCCACGGCAACGGCAAGGUCUUGUUGGAUCCGUGGCGAGACUCGCCACGGGUGCGCUGCCCGUCGUAGUUCGUCCAGGAGACCCAAGAAUCGGCGGUGUCGUCUGCGGUCAGUGCAGAGGAACCGGCCUCGUACGAUUUUUUCUCGAUGAAGAAUUGUGUCCACUGUGUAAUGGUGUCGGGCGUAUCGUCUAG